CGGCGGCGGCGGAGCUCCUGCGGGUCCUGGUCCUGCGGUCGCUCCUCGGCGGGGAGAGCGCACUCUCCACUCAGCUCGCGGCGCGCUCCCAGGACGUCCCGCCCGGAUCAUGCGCGAGCUGCCGCUCGUCCUGCUGGUGCUGGUCGUGUGCCAGGCACCCCGGGGGUCCGCCGCCCCGGUGCCGGCUGCCGGAGAGACUGUGCUGGCCAAGAUGUACCCGCGAGGCAACCACUGGGCGGUGGGGCACUUGAUGGGGAAAAAGAGCACAGCGGAGUCCGCGGCGUAUGUUGACGAGGGAGGGAGCCCGAGGCACCGGCUGCGGGAGUACAUUCUGUGGGAAGAGGCUGCAAGGAAUUUGCUAAGCCUCAUGGAAGGAAAGGGGACCAGAAGCCACCAGUCGCCUCAGGGGGCGCCCCUGGGUAUUCUCCAGUCUACUUGGGAUUCCGAGGAUAGCAGCAACUUGAGAGAUUUGCAGAUCUCUCUGCUCCAGGCUCUCAAUGGGAAGGAAGGAAACCCCAGCGGAACGACAAUGACAACGGCAGCCUCUCUCAACGAAGCAAAACGAACCCCUUAAGAGACUUUGCUCCAUGGGCAACGAUUCCCCUGGAUCGGCCACAGGAUUUCCUUUGUGCGAAGUCCUUCACCAUUCCUGUGUCUUUCAACCUUGACUAAACCCGUGGUUUUCCAGCAGCAUCUUUGGGUUUAAGUUUGUUUGCUGUGAAUAAUUGUCCGUAAAGAGUCUUCUAGUUAAUGCUCUCUGCACUAGGCUAUGUGUCCAUUAUCUUCCAGUCCCCUGACCUGUUACCAUUCCCAAUAAAUGCUUAA